GCCAUGCUUCCACCUGGUUCUGCUCUGCCGUUGGGGACUCCGGCCCCUGGCGGUGCUCCCGGUGCUGGAGUUGCAUCCGGUGCUGGCGCGGCCGGAGUCUUUGCCGGCUACCCUGUCCAAGCCCACCCCGCACAGCAACAACAGCAACCGAUGUUGACCACCAGCCCCCCGCCGGAAACGCAGGUGAACAACCCGGCUGUGGUAAAGACGAAGCUCGAGGCAGUGCCGACGGAGGGAAAGACACCUGAAGACGUAGUAGAGGAGGUGGUGAGAACGUGCACCGGCGAAGGGGCGAUCCUUUCUACAGCGAAAUCGACGAGGUGUCGCGACGGCGCAACGGAUCGUGUGGACAUCAAGAAGCUGAUUUGUACUCGAGGCGGGGGUUGCCGGCAACUGGAGUACGAAGCCAGGCUAGACACUCGACUGGUUAGCAUCCGGCACGCGAGGACCCACCAGUGGCCCAAGAUUUCCAACAUGAAGCUCGAGCACAACCACGUCGUCAAUCGCGAGGCUAUCGACGUGAAGCUCCGCUUGGCCGGAAAGCUAACGGAGGAGCGGCGGGGACAAGUGGAGAAGAUGAUAAGUAAGGGCAUGAAGCCCAAAGCUGUGACUGAGGCAAUGAAGGCGUUGCACGAGGACAGCGACGUCGACAUCAACAAGCGCGCGGUGCAGAACGCGGCUGCCAGUGUGCAUGGGGCGGAGAAGCCAGGGGAUGCUGCCGAUGCGUACGAAGAGGUCAUGGUCGUGACUGCCGAUGGGGGAGUGUGCGAGAUCAAGAUGGAUGACAGUGGCUGCCUGACGCAUAUCUGGUGGCAAUCGAGAGAGCAGGUGGCGCUUUGGAAUCGGUAUGGUCACAUUGCGCUGUACGACGACACCGCCGUCAAGAACAGGUACCGCAUGCCCCUCGGCGUGCUCGCCGUCAUCGAUUCGGAUUAUCGGACGCGGACCAUUGGCCAAAGCACAACGGCGGACAUCACAACGGACACUUUUCUGUGGAUGUUGAAGGGUGCGUUGAGGUCUCGCGGGGGGAAGCGGCCGGAUAUCUUCAUCCAGGACGCGGAUGCGGCCAUGACGGCGGCGGUGCGCGAGGUGUUCCCGGAGGCGCUGGCGAGGCGCUGUUUAUGGCACCUCAACCAAAACAUCAUGAAGGCCCUCGCUAAAGACCUUGGCGGGAAGCUUAAGGUGUGCUCUACUGUGUGUCUGCCGCUCAAUCGUAUACGUCGGUACCUCAUGCGCCGAGGCCCCAACGCACGGAACACCCACUCGGCCUACCUAUUCCGGGAACGGCCUGCCUGUUCGUGUUUUCCUCUGGCUUUCAUGGACGAGUUCAGGUGUGUGCGUCAGCAGCUGUCAUUGGCGAAGCUCGAAGGUGAGUUCAACGCCCUCAUCGCCAAGUACCCGCAGACGGAGAAGUACAUGCGAGUGGUGUACGACGACCGCGCGCGGGCCAAGUGCAACUCUCGCUUCUCGCUUUUGGACGUGGCAAAGUACUUUUCGGGCAUCAUCUGCUCCCAGAAGGAUGCCGCCGCGCUGCGUGACGCCCUCGACCACCUGCCGCCUACUCGAAUGGCGGCUCCACCAGCCACCGCUUUCAAAACUGUCCUGGAGUCCUGCGAAUUCUCCAUCGCGGCCUGGCCAAGGCGGGUUCAUGGAGCAAGCGAUGAUCGCGGCCAUCAUGUUUUGCCAGAUGGGUGGUGGGGAGGUGGAUGGACCAGAACGCGCGGCAGCUUUAUUCCGUAUACCUUCCUGAAAAAACACGAAAAACAAGUGGCCACGGUCCAGUUGCCGUAG